GCAACAGGAAAUUGUGUCCAUACGUAGAAUCCUGAGUCGAGAAAACGAACGGACGUUUAACGUAUAUUCAUACGCGAAUCCUUGAUCAGUAAGGUUUUGUGCAGCAAAAGCGUGUUAACCACCGCGCGACGAUAACGAAGACGGAAAGCGAUGACCACGAUGUCAUUAACUAUGGGGGAAACGUGAAAUUGAUCACGAGUCGUCGGAUAUCUGUAUAUUUUCUCGAAAUAGUUGUGCGUCGAAACAACUUCGAAGUGAAUCACGACGAAGAGCGGGAUGAAUCCGAGAGAUAUGGAGGGAAUAUAAGGUUUGAAAAGAAAGAAAUAUAUAUAUAUACACACUGCGGAUGGAUUCAAGGUGCAGAACUAUGUUAGGCCAUGGCGGGCAGUCCAAUAUUGGACCCUCGUCGCCGAUGGCAAAUCGACAACAAUCUUCUUGGUGGCCGUCACAGUCGCCAUCAGCUGCUGCUGCCGCUGCUGCUAUCGGUGCCGGUGUCACCACUACUGCUAGUUGGGUAGCAGGUUGGAGAUUGCCGCAACCUUGUCAAACGGUAGUUGCUGACCAGCCUGACAUCGACAUCGACAUCGAAAUCGAAACGAAUCGAAUCGACGUUACCCCAGAAUUCGAAAAUUCGACGUCCGAGAUUCGAAUAACUCGUGAGAAAAAAAAGAAUCGUCUGGAUUAUGGAUGUAUAAACGUGCCGUUGUUCGAGGAAUUUUCAACUAAACUAUAUAAAAGGAGAAAAAGUCAUGAGGAAAACGCGGUACAGAUACGACAAAUUUGUGAUAAUAUACCGAGGAGACUGUUCGCGGUAAGGACAUCUCAAUCGGUGGGUGACGACGUCGGAUGUCGUCCCUAUUAUUGCAUCGCAAAUACUGUAACGACGACAACGACGAAGAAAAGCCAACAUCGCGUCGUUAAUACCAAAGGAAAACGAUCGAUAUACUCAUAGUUUUACUGUAACACAUCUCGUUCACAGUUAGCCUCGUUAUCGUGGACUCUAGCCAAAUCGGGACGCGGGUCAUUAUAUUGGGCUUCGGUGGUAAAGGUGAAUUAUCCGAUCGCUCGUCGUUGCCGCCGUACAGUCACGUGGUAAUAAAGUGCCGACCUCGAGUGACCCUGAAGUGACCUUGCAGUGAUGAAAUUGUAAAAAAAAAAUAUUCACUCUACCUGCGGUUAUUGUCGUCAUAGCACAUCUACGAUAUAAUUCAUUGUUUACCGAAUUGUCGUCGCGAGAUAAGUAAAAUAGAAAAA